AUGCUGCUGCUGGUGCUUGUGGUAUGGGUGCUGGUGGUGCUGGUGUUGGUAGUGGUGCUACUGGUACUGGUGCUUGUGGUGCUGCUGAUGCUGGUGGUAGUGGUGCUGUUGCUGGUGAUCGUGUUGUUGUUGGUGGUGCUGAUAGUGGUGGUGCUGGUGGUGCUGGUUCUGCUGUUGUGUGUGGUUCUGACUGUGCUGGUGGGAGUGGUGGUGCUGGUGCUCCUCCUAGUGGUGCUGCUGCUGGUGUUGCUGGUGCUGGAGCUGGUGCUACUGAUGUUGCUGCAGGUGCUGUUGUUUGUGGUGGUGCUGCUUCGCCUAGUGGAGAUGCUGGGUCUACUGCAGCUUGUAAUGCUGAUGUUGAUGCUGUUAGAAGUACUGUUGCUGCUGCUGGUGGCUCUGCUGCUGAUCGUUGUGCUGGUGGUGCUGGUGAAGGUGGUUCUGCUGGUGCUUGUGGUACUGGUGCUGUUGGAGGUGCUUGUGGUGCUACUGGUGCUGGCGGCGCGGGGCAGUCGGCAUGGAUCUCCGGGAGGCGAGGCAGAGCCAGGCGCACUGCGAUCCCGCGUUCACCGCAGCGCAGCUCGUUUCCGUCCGCCGCUCCUUCCUGCGAGUUUCCUGUUCCUAGACGCCUCUCCUCUACCUACCCACCCGCAACCUCCGCAGGUUUCUCUCUUUUUGGACUCUUUUCAGACUACACAGAUGUUGAGCUUGCCCGCCGAGCUCGGCAGCAACAACUUAGAACUGGCGGAGCUGGCGGAGCCGGAAGAGCGGGGGGCAUCAGUGGCCCGAGGAGACUCCGUAGCCCACCCAGAGGCAUCUCCCGACGGCUCUGAACCUCCCCCGAAGCAAGAGAUGGAGCAAACACCGCAACCGGGGACCUCGACGCCGGCAGAGUGCAAAGCCCUGCUCACACAGGCGGACACCUUGGCAUCCGGAGGACGCCUUCGGGAAGCCCUCGAGGUAUACAGGCAGCUCUCGGAGAAGCAGCAGCUAGUGGCCGAGCAGCUGGAGAAGUUUGUGCGCUGCCUGGCUAAGAGCGUCCAGCAAAAAAACCUCGUGGCGCCGGCUCCCUCAUACCAGAGCGGCAGCUCGAGCUGCUGCGUGGCGGCCCUGAAAAAGGCAGCGGAGGCUGCAGCCAUGGUCCCCGAGGUAUGGGAUGGCUUUAAGUGCCAAAAGUGUCACGGAUUUCUCUCGGAUCCCGUGUCCUUGUGGUGCGGCCACACCUUUUGUAAACUGUGCUUGGAACGUGGGCGGGCCGCGGAUCGGCGGUGCGCGGUCUGCGGGCUCAAGCUCUCGGCCGGUGGGAGAGCUCUCGGGUUGCGGUGGGCUGGGCAGCAGGCGCCCCUGCAACUGCGAGUCAACGUGGUACUCAGCGGCGUUCUGGGCAAGUUGUUCCCGGGCCCGGCACGAGCGUCGCAACUCCGGCACGAGGGAAACCGGCUGUACCGCGAGCACCAGGUGGAGGCGGCUCUGCUCAAAUACAACGAAGCAGUUCGGCUGGCUCCAAAUGAUCAUUUGCUUUAUAGCAAUCGGUCUCAAAUUUAUUUCACCUUGGAGUCUCACGAGGAUGCACUGCAUGAUGCAGAAAUAGCAUGUAAACUUCGGCCAAUGGGUUUUAAGGCACACCUCAGAAAAGCACAAGCUUUAGCCACCCUAGGCAAGGUGGAGGAAGCACUCAGAGAAUUUCUCUACUGUGUAUCCCUUGAUGGAAAGAACAAGAAAGCCAGAAUUGAAGCUCAGAGGGAAAGUCCAGAGCUUCCACACUGUUCAAGUCAGGAGGAAGCAGCAGCUCAGGGAGAAAGCAGCAGCCUGAAGAACUCAGCUCAAGUAAAGGUGGGGAGUCAGGAGGACAAUGGAAAAGAUCAGGAAGAAGAGAAGCUCAAUACUGCCUCCAUCAGGACCGGCAAAUGCAAGGAAAAGAAAAGGAACCAUUGCCAAGUUGAUGAAAACCAAGAAGACCUGGACGUGCCUAAUAAAGUCCCCAGACAAGAUCACCCUGCUGAUGAGGGGGCCAAACCUGAUCUCAGUAUUCCACUUACAUCCCUUGAUGCGACUGACCUUGAAUGCUCACUGUGUAUGAGAUUAUUCUAUGAGCCAGUCACAACAACUUGUGGGCAUACCUUUUGCAUGAAGUGUCUUGAGAGAUGCCUAGAUCAUAACGCGAAGUGUCCACUGUGCAAAGAUUCUCUUUUCCAGGGCUUUCAAUCAAGAAAGUACAGCAAGAACAUAAUAAUGGAAGAACUAAUAGCUAAAUUCCUGCCAGAAGAACUCAGGGAACGAAAGCGCCUUCAUGAAGAGGAAAUGGAAGAACUUUCUAACUUAACUAAGAAUGUGCCUAUUUUCGUUUGCACCAUGGCCUAUCCCACUGUCCCUUGUCCCCUGCAUAUCUUUGAGCCUUGUUAUCGCCUGAUGAUUCGGAGAUGUAUUGAGACAGGCACAAAACAGUUUGGCAUGUGCCUUGGAGAUCCUGUCAGAGGCUUUGCAGAAUACGGCUGCAUGCUAGAAAUCAGAAAUGUCCAAUUCUUUGCUGAUGGCCGAUCGGUGGUUGACAGCAUAGGCAAGAGGCGCUUCAAGGUGCUCAAUCAGGGCCAGCGGGAUGGCUACAACACAGCUGAUAUUGAAUACAUUGAAGAUCAAAAGGUUGAGGGAGAAGACCGUGCUGAACUCAUGGGGCUGCAUAACUGUGUGUAUGAGCAAGCCUCCUCGUGGUUUCAUUCGCUCAAAACAUCGCUCAAGAAUCGGAUACUAAAUCACUUUGGUCCAAUGCCAGAGAAAGAUGAAGAUCCCCAGGUUAAUCCGAACGGUCCAGCCUGGUGCUGGUGGACAUUAGCCGUUCUUCCCCUGGAAACCAGAGCUCAGCUCCCCUUCCUAGCAAUGAAGUCCCUAAAGGAUAGACUGAAUGGUAUUCGGCGAAUCCUGGCCUUUAUAGCCAGAAACCAAAAUUAG